AUGAAUAUAACGGAAAAACCGACAGCGUUCUUCGUGUGCAAGUUUUUGUUCUUUUACUACAUUUAUAGAAAGCCGUUCCUUCCGUUUGACCCAUUGGUAUGCAAAAUAAACAAUAGGAAGAUUCCUCACGUGUGUGUCAUUCAAAUAUUAGGUCUUAGUCAUUAUGGGCAGAGCGUCUGCUUGUAUGUGCACGACUUCUUCCCAUACUUUUACGUUUUAAUACCCCCGGAAGAAAAAUCAAACACAAAUCUUGAGUUCGAAUUAUGCCAAUUUUUAGAAGAAGAAUAUGGAAAGGAAAAACAAGACAAGACGCAAAAUGUGUGCAUAUACAACAUCGAAAGGGUAAAAAAAAAAUGCAUUUAUGGUUACAAGGAAGAGCCAGAGGAAUUUUUAAAGAUAUACUUCCUAUACCCACACACAAUUCAUUAUUUCGCUAAUUUACUGAAAAGGAAGUUAUUUAAAAAUCGAGCUUGGGACCUGUACGAGGUGCACAUUAGUUAUAUGCUCCAUUUUCUGUGCAGCAAGAAUAUUUAUGGGUGUUCAGAAAUUUAUGUUGAUAGAAAUGUUUUUUUUCGAAGAGAGUUUUUUAGUGAAAUAAAUUUUGAAUGUUUUGACAAAGAAGAAAAAUGGAAUGUGAAAAAUAAAUGCGACAUGGAAUGUAUACAGAGGAACAAAUACAUAGACGAGGAUGCUCCAAAAUUUUUUACAAAUAAGACGACAAAUGUUAAUUUUUCUAGUUUAAGAAGAGGAACGUCGUGUGAUAUCGAGUGUGACAUACGACAUGAACAUAUUCUGAAUAACCAGAUUUAUUCCUAUGAGUUUGAGAAAUAUCGGAAAAAAUGGAGGGAAGAAUUGAACUUUGAUCUACCUGUCAAUUAUUUGGACUCCUUUGCGAAAAUGUGGAUGAAGGAGAAGAAACGGUGCCAAAGGAUGAACCCCCAUUUGGUGAAGGGCAUUUUUAAUUUUGACGAUUUUGGGAAGGAGCUGAACAUUGGCUCUUUUGAUGUGCUGACCGAGAGGACGAAGAAACUCUUUGCCGAUUUUUUGAAGUCGUUGGAGGGGGGCUUCCCGGUGAACGGUGGUACCAGUCAGAUAAUCGAUGGUACCAGUCAGGUAAACGAUGGUACCAGUCAGGUAAACGGUGGUACCAGUCAGGUAAACGAUGGUACCAGUCAGGUGAACGGGGGUACCAGUCAGGUUAACGAUGGUACCAGUCAGGUGAAGGGGGGUAGCAGCCAGACUAAAUCGACUUGCGUCGACAAAAACAAAGCAGAAAAACGAGACUUGAGGCUACAUAGAGAAAGCUCCCCUAGUAAGGGAGAAACCAAAAUGACGCAGGAAAAGAAGCUGGAGGAGGGAAAACGCAAGUACAUAGCUUCAUUCGAAAUUAACAAUAAGAGGAAGGACAUCAUUAGGUACGUUCACACGAAGAAGCCACCAAAGAUAAAGGAGUGUUACGCUAUUUUGAACAAUAUGAAUGGUACAGAAAAGAGAGGGGAAAGUGAAGAGGGCACGAGAGACGACGGAGUAAUAAUUAGUCAGACAAACCAAGAGGGGGUAAGAAAAAUUUGGCAAAAGGGAGCAGUCGAGGAGGAAGAUGUUCCCCUCACCACAUCAAACAGGAAGACGCAGCAAAAGGAGAAAAAAAAAAAAAAAAAAAUGAAUAUCAAAUACGGAAAUAUAUUUUUCCUUGAAAUUCUCACAGAAGUGAAAAGAGAAAAUCACAACUGUUCCAACUUUAGGGAGGACGAAAUAAAGGCUAUAUUUUAUUUGGUCCGAGAUGAGAGACUUAUGAAUUAUUACGGAGACUAUAGUAACUGUAUGGGUAUAAUAGCUGUCCAGCCAUUCCAUGAUACUUUCCCCUAUUUAUUGAGGAAGGAGGAAGAAACAAAGCCAAAAGGUAAAUUCCUCCCGGGGGUUGAAACGUGCAGCGAUGGUGCGUAUAUUCAUAGGGACUUGUUCAAGGCGCCACCUGGAGGGGACAAAACGGAAGGGAAGAAAGAUACCCACGGGGAAGAAGCGAAAGAUGUGGAGGAAGAAAAAAGGAGAGUUCAUUUAGACUUAAACUACAAUAAUGUGAAUAUCCACAUUGCGGAAAAUGAAAAAGAUCUUAUAAAAAGGUUGAUCGAAAAAAUAAAUUUUUACUCUCCACUAAGUAUAGUUUCUUAUGAAAACGACAAGUACAAUGUUGGCUACAUAAAUCAGAGGUGUCUAGCACUAAACAUGGGAAGCUUUUACGCACACAUUAGCAAAGUAAACGACCAGGAAGAAUUCACAGAACUGAAUAAUGCGUAUAAUAAAAAUAUAAAAGGUAUACUUGUUGAGAGUUUGUAUAAAUUGUCAAAAGUUUCAAACACAUCUUUUGAAAAUUUGUGUAAGCAUCAUUUGAAUGUGAAUUUGCCCUCCAUAAGUAGGUACACUUUGUCCUGUUGGUACAGCUACGUUGGUGGGCAAUCACCAAAUGAUGGUAGAGACGCCAGGAACACUGUUGUUGAUGGUGGUGUGGUAGGAGGUGUCCAGGGCCAUGUUGUGGGCAACGGGUUGAUCGAUGUUAGGAACGAUCAUGUGAUCGGUGGAGAGCCCCCGUAUUAUCCAUACAGGCACCUAACCGUGCGAUACUAUUUGAAGAGGGUUAACUUGCUCCUACUCAUAUAUGACAAAAUUGGAUACUUGAAAAGCAAGAUGAAUUUUUGCAAGUACAUUCAUGUAGAUUUAUUGUCCCUAAUAAACAGAGGGUCACAGUUUAUUACUGAAUCUUUUCUGGUGAAAUUGUGCAUGCGGAAUGGCUUCCUUAUGUACUCUCCCUCAAAGAAGGAGAUAAUGGAACAAAGACCUAUUUUGCAUGUUCCCUUGGUCCUGCAGCCGAAGAGCUCCAUAAACUUUUUCCCUCUGAUGGUCUUCGACUUCCAGUCCCUCUACCCCUCUAUUCUAAUUGCGUUUAACAUUUGUUACUCCACCUGCUUGGGCACGCUGACCUUCAGGAGAAGGUCAAAUGCACAAAUGUCAGAAGAGCAUCAGCAGGAGCAUCAGAAGGGGGUAGAGGUUUCCUUCCGGAGGAGCAUUCCUGCGGAGAGUGUCCUCGAAGAAGGCGGGAUUCCUCUCCCCCGUGGGGAUAGCUCAUCCAGCGACUUGCUUGAUGGGUUGAAUGUCCAGAGGGAGGCGGAGUCGACUGACCAUUCGGAUAAUUCGAAUGGGGCAUCUAGCCACUUGGGGGAUGAACCAGACGAUGGAUCAAACGACGAGGGUGGCGAAUGCAUCGAGAAGGUGUCACCGGAAUGUGAAUUUAUUGCGAAGGGUUUGUGGAGCACAUCAAAUGGAGGGUCAAAACCGGGGGGCGUUUUCCCCCCUUCCAGUCUCCCUGAAUCCAGAGAGCCAAAUGAUGAAAAAAUUCCUGUACCAGGAGAAGGCCUUCCCAAUUAUGAAUUCAUAAGAUUAGGAGUGAGGAAGACCCCACCCAAUGUAAAUAACAUAGUGAACAAGUUACGAAGGGAUGAUGUACUCAUAACAAGCAACAACACUGUGUAUGUGAAGAAGAAGAAGAGGAAAGGAAUUUGUACUCUUCUGCUGGAAGAUCUUUUAAAGACAAGAAUAAUGCUAAAGAGGUGUAUUAAAAUUUAUGAUCAGAAAAAAGGCAGGAAGUUAGAAGAAAUAAUGGGGAAAUUAAAAUUAAUACUAAAUGUGGCCACAGGUUAUAUAGGAGCUAAUUUUUCAGGAAGGAUGCCAUGUGUAGACAUAUCAGAGAGUAUCAUUUGUACUGCAAAGAAUUCCCUUCUUUAUAUUAUAGAAUAUAUAAAAGAAAAUUAUGAUUAUGUUAAAAUUGUCUAUGGAGACACAGAUUCCAUUUUUCUGUUAAACGAAAUGAACGAUAUUAGCUAUACUUUUAGGAUAGCCCAAGACAUUUUGGAAAACGUGAAUAGCAUUUUGCCUUCUCCCAUGUAUUUAGAUUUUGAAAAAAUUUAUUGCCCCUCCCUUUUGAUGACCAAAAAAAGAUACUUUGGAUUUGCCUACAAAAAGGAGAGUGAUGAAAAACCAACCCUGCAACUGAAAGGGGUAGAAAGCAUGAGGUCAGAUCAGUGCAAUUUAGUGAAGAAUGUACUUCUCCAGGUAUAUUUUAUUUUUUACUAUUUCAGGAAUUUUUGCCACUUGUCCUACUGUUGCUGCUGUUGUGUCAUGUGUAGAAACUUUUUCCCGAAUUUUGUGUGCUCUUGUAGAGAGUGCAAUGUGCAUAGUACAUCUCCAUGCUUCUUGACGGAGAUGGUGGAGGCGAUUUUGCGCGUGUACGGAAAGGUAGUAAGAGGGGUUAACGGGGAGAAGGAAAUGAUGGAGGAGGAAGUCAUUCCAAAUGGAGAGUACGAAUCGGAGGAACGCAAAAAUAAGUUAUACGACCAUCUCAUAGGCCUAAUAAGCAUCGAGAGCAAUAACGUCAUCCUCAAGUGCAUAAAUUAUUUGUACAAAGUAAAGUUCUCCUUCCUGUGGCACAUAUUUACCCAUUUCGACUUGUCUCUUUUUAAAAUGGAAAUAGAAAAAAUGAUCGAACAAGAUUAUGAAAAGAUUAUUAACCAGACAAAUGACUGCUGUAUUAUGAACCCAAACAAUAUAACAAAAAUUUGUCUUUGUGUAAAAGAAAUAAAUACAAAGAAGAAAUGCGAUAGGGGAAAAUGCUUCUGUAAUGUUAAGCAAGCUCUCCUUUUUUUUUGUCCCAAAGGACCUAGCGAAAAUGGGGAAGGCACUGUCUUUGGCAUGAAAGUGUUCUACACUCACCUAAGGAUAAAUAUAAAGAGAGUACUGCGUGAUUUAUUUAACAGAAUAUAUGAUGAUAAAAUUUCUUACGAUAAUUUUAUUAUAUACAAGAAAGUAAAGUUGGGUACGUACAAGGGUGAAUUUGAGUGGAACGGAAGGAAAGUGCCCCUGCCGCCUCAAGCAGUUGUAGCAAAGAAGCUUUUAAAAAUGAAUCCCCAUUUGGUAAUCACUUAUAAGGAGAAAAUUCCUUUUGUUGUUACAAAAAAGUUGAAGGAAGAUAAAAUUUAUGAUUCCGUUGCGCACCCUUCCUGUAUCAGGGGUAUUUACAAUUUUGUCAGGGCCAUCCCCACAGUGGAGAAGCAGACCGAGGAAUGCAACCUUCCAGAAGGCAUAUCGAGCCCGAUGGGAAAUGAACUCUUAUGUAGAGACAUACCACAAAAUAAUAAAAAAAAAUUGAAGGAAAUAAACUUUGAUUAUUACAUUCAAAACUUAGUUAUACCCCCUUUGAAGAGAAUGUUGGAUUUGCUCCCUUACGGUUCGCCCAAUCUGGAGGAAAUAUUUUACACAACGAAGAGGAAGUACAAUUGGGGAAAAGGCAAGAUUGAACUUUUCACGAAGAAUGCGGAGAUGUUUGAGAGGAGUCGGUUGAAUGGAAAUGGUUUGUCCAGGGGCAGAGGAUGGGAUAUAUCCGAGGGGUGGAAAAGAGUUGAAGGAGGAGAGAGCCAUUGUGAGCUACUCUUCCAGCGCGAACCUCACCACCACGACACGACAAAUUGUAGUGUAAAAAGGGAUGACACAGAAAGCGCCAAGACAAGAACACAAAUAAUUCAAAGUUAUUCAGACGUGAACAGGUCACAAAGUAUAAUCAAACGCUUAAACAAAGUUUGCGUCCAUUGUGCCAACUCCGAAGUGGAGGCAUUGGCGUGUCAGUACGCGGUGCACUGUGAUGUAUUUUUUAAGAAAGUCAUUUACCAAGAGCAUAUUUCAAGGAGUGAGGAUAAGAUAAGGAGUUUGGUGGGGUGA